UUGAGAAAAAAGUUAUGAAGAUUAUAAGCAACUGCGUUAGCUGUAUUAUACACAACAGAAAGCUGGGAAAGAAAGAGGGUUAUUUACAUUCUAUCGACAAAGGAAGUCGCCCGUUAACUACAAUUCACAUCGAUCACCUGGGCCCGAUGGACGCCACGUCAAAGCAAUACAAAUACAUAUUCGCAAUUGUUGAUGGAUUCUCGAAAUUUGUAUGGCUGUAUACUACCAAAUCGACAGGGGUGAAGUCCUACCAAAGCUAAGCGAAUGGUCAAAUAUAUUCGGUGACCCAUGCCGAAUUAUAAGCGACAAGGGAACCGCGUUUACGUCACAGGAUUUUGCAUGCUACUGCCAGGACAAGAAUAUAGAGCAUGUGCAAACAACAACGGGAGUCGCGCGGAGCAACGGGCAGGUCGAACGCGUUAAUCGUUGCGUCCUUCAAAUUAUCGCGAAGCUGUCGGCCGAUAACUCAGCAAAAUGGUAUAAGCAUGUGGCGAAUGUGCAAAAAGCUAUCAAUUCCUGUGUUCAUAGCUCAACAAAGUUCUCACCAUUUGAACUAUUGAUCGGAGUAAAGAUGAAGAGCGACAAGAACAACAAUUUACUAGAGCUAUUGCGCGAAGAGAUGGUGGUAGCGUUCGAUGAAGAAAGGCAACAAAUGCGCGAGGAGGCGAAGCUGCAAAUAAGCAAAGCACAGCAAACGUACAAAGCAAACUACGACAAAAAACGUAAUGCAGAACUUCAGUACCAGCUAGGAGAUCUAGUAGCGAUCAAAAGAACGCAAUUCAUCGCAGGGAAAAAAUUAGCUACCGAAUACUUGGGCCCCUAUAAAAUAACAAGGGUCAAGCGAAAUGGCCGCUACGACGUCCAAAAAGUAACGACUGGUGAGGGGCCAAUAAACACAAGUACGUCUUGCGACAACAUGAAGUUGUGGAAAUAUGUAGAAGACAACGAAGAUUUAUCAUCUGAGGCAGAUGACGAUCAGGAUGGCCGGGUGUUCGUCGGACGUCGCGGAGUUCCUCAGAAACUAUACUGCGACAACGCAACGAACUUCGUGGGCGCCAACGCACGACUUCGAGAUCUCGCCAAGCAACUCCAGGACGACGACAAACGGAGCGAAAUUGGCGCGUUCGCAGCCGAGCGAGGCAUGGAAUUCGCCUUCAUCCCCCCACGCGCACCUCACUUUGGCGGGCUAUGGGAGGCCGCCGUCAAGAGCGCCAAACAUCUGCUUACGCGCGUCGUCGGCGACACUACCCUUACCUUCGAGGAGUUGGCCACCGUCUUGGUCGACGUGGAGGCAAUAAUGAAUUCCCGCCCACUCGUAGGAGCAACAGACGACCCCAACGACGCCGAGGCAAUAACCCCAGCCCAUCUCUUAAUAGGAGAUUCUCUCAUGGCCGUGCCCGAAGCCCACGUUUCAACCGAGAAGCUAUGCUAUUUAGAUCGUUGGCAGCGGCUCUCGUCUCUGAAGGCUCGAUUUUGGUCCGCCUUCCAGCGGGACCAUAUUCUCAAUCUCCAGGCGAGAACCAAAUGGGACAAGCCGCAACCCAACCUCGAAGUUGGCACCCUCGUGCUGGUGCACGACGACAAUUUUCCGCCCCAAAAAUGGCUAUUGGGAAGGGUAGUAAAAACCGUAGUUGGCGCAGACGGUAAAGUGCGUGUUGCAGACGUUAAAACAUCGUCCGGAGUCUGUCGACGCGCCAUACAAAAAUUGGCAAUGCUUCCAACAAAUAUAGAUUGA